AUGCCGCAUCACUGUGUGGUAAAAAAUAGCAGUACUACAACUAAACUCCGCGUGGUGUUUGACGUGUCAGCGAAAACAUCCUCCGAAGUUUCCUUAAACGACGUUCUUAAGAUCGGACCCACGAUUCAAGACGACCUUUUGUCAAUUAUUUUAAGAUUUAGAACUCAUAAUUACGUCAUAACUAGCGACAUUGAAAAAAUGUACCGUAUGGUCAAUGUUACUGAAUCCGAUAAAGAUUUACAACGAAUUGUAUGGCGUUCAAGUCCCGACGAAGAGCUUAAAACCUAUAAACUAAACACCGUGACAUAUGGAACCGCAUCUGCGCCAUUUUUGGCUAUUCCAUCUUUACACCAAGUAGCCUAUGACAACUUGAAGCAAUACCCCGAAGCCUGCAAGGUUAUUCUCAAAGACUUUUACGUCGAUGAUUUGAUUUUUGGGACUUCCAAUAUAAACGACGCAAUUAGGUUAAAAGAUCAAAUAUCUUCAAUCUUGGCCUAUGCUGGGUUUAUUCUUCGUAAGUGGGCUUCGAACGAGAAAUCCAGUUUAAAUCUACAAGAAUAUUCGCAAAAUCUUCCCCAAUUCUUUAUUACCGAUUCCGACGACAAAAGUGUUAAAACUUUAGGCAUUUUUUGGGAGCCUAAUAAGGACAAGUUAAGUUAUUCCGUCAAUCUUGCCGAGCUCUCUACCCAAAAAAUUACCAAACGUUUUAUUCUGGGAAUUGUAGCCCAGGUAUUUGAUCCUUUAGGAUUACUCGGCUCCAUUGUCGUUAGAGCAAAAUUACUUCUACAAGAAUUGUGGAAAAAACAAUUGGAGUGGGACGAAUCUGUUCCUCCUGAUAUACAUUCCUUGUUUACUCAAUUUUAUCGACAGCUUGGUAAAAUUAAUACACUUCAAAUUCCUCGGCAUGUUCUUUUAAGAACACCAGUUAAGAUUGAAUUGCACGCAUUCUGCGAUGCGUCUUUGUUGGCGUAUGGUGCUUGUGUCUAUUUAGUAUCCGAAGAUAACGUUGGCAACCGAUUUUCCCAGCUGCUCACUGCUAAGUCCAGGGUUGCACCAAUUAAAAGCAUUACUUUGCCGAGACUCGAGCUUUGCGGUGCACUUCUGUUGGUCCAACUUGUCAAAAAGGUGACUGCGGCAUUGAAUCAAUCAUUUUCGACUGUCCAAUUUUGGACCGACUCGACCAUUGUUUUGUCGUGGCUUCGUAUUGAACCUAGCCAUUUAAAAACUUUUGUUGGAAAUCGGGUGUCCGAAAUUAUGUCCAACUCUACGAUAGAAAAUUGGAAGCAUGUCCCGUCGACUGAUAAUCCAGCCGACAUUAUUUCCCGUGGUACAAGUCCCGAAAAUUUAUCUCUUUGUCCCUUGUGGUGGGCUGGCCCGCAAUGGCUGUUAAACAAUUCUUCUCAUUGGCCUCAUCAAAGCGACCCAUGUGAAAAAGAAUUACCUGAACUUAAACAAAAAACUAUCUUAACUUUUUCCUCUAUCGACGAUUUUUCUAUUUUAAAUAAAUACUCAUCUUUUAUGAAACUUAAACGUGUAGUAGCUUAUUGUCUUCGUUUUAUUAAAAAUAGUAAAACUGUCAAACCUAAUAGAACCUUUAGUCCUUUAUCAAUCGAUGAACUGGACGUAUCAUUAAAACGCAUUGUCUACAUUGCACAACUUCAAGAUUUUUCUGCCGAGUUUCAUGAUUUACACAAAAAUAACUCGGUUAAUUCCAAGAGCCGUUUAUCAUCCCUGGAUCCAUUUUUAGAUGAAAAUCUUAUUCGAGUAGGCGGACGUCUUAAAAAUGCCGAUGCUUCUUUCGGUAAAAAACACCCUUUUAUUUUAUGUGAUAAAAAUCCUCUAGCCCGUUUAAUAAUCAAUUUUGAACAUAACCGUUUAAUGCAUGCUGGUCCUCAAGCGGCCUUAGCCAGUAUACGAAGUCAAUUUUGGAUUUUGAACGGUAGAAACGCUGUAAAGGGUGUUAUUCGGCAACGUAUUCCAUGUUUUAAAGCGCGUCCUAAAACAAUUUGUCCCAAGAUGGGCGACUUGCCAUCGACCAGAGUUAUAGCUAAUAGGCCUUUUGCUAUAAGUGGCGUUGAUUUCGCUGGCCCGUUUCUCGUUAAAGACGGCAAAACUCGAUGUAGAAUUUUAGUUAAAUGCCAUAUAUGUGUUUUUGUUUGUUUUGCCACAAAGGCAUCGCAUUUAGAGUUAGUUAGCGAUAUGUCUUUAGAGGCUUUUUUAAACGCACUAAAGCGCUUUAUUUCCCGAAUGGGAAUUCCCCAAGAAAUUCACUCCGAUAACGGUAGCAAUUUUAAAGGCGCGGCUAACGAACUUGAAAAACAGUUUUACACUGUAAUUGUCCAAAUUGAAGGCAUCCUUUAUUCCCGGCCUAUUACUCCUUUAUCCGACAAUAUUCACGAUCUUGAACCUCUUACCCCAUCCCAUUUUCUCAUCGGGCAAAUGACCACUUCUCUGCCACAAAAGGACGUUGCAGACUUACCUAUUAAUCGUCUCAUGAAUUAUCAGCGACUUACCCAAAUUACUCAGCAUUUUUGGGCAAGAUUGCAUCAAGAAUACUUGUCCAGCUUGCAGCAGAGACUGAAAUGGAAGAAGUCUUGUUCUUCGACACAGUUAAAGACCGGCAUGAUGGUCUUAUUGAAGGAACACGAUUCCGCGCCGUUCCAGUGGCACCUGGGGAGGAUAAUCUCUACCAAUCCCGGAAAGGACGGAGAAGUUCGUGUAGUGACAGUGAAAACAGCGAAAGGGGACAUUUAA